CUUGGGGCUAAUUAGCUCCGCUUCUGUGUAACUUAGCAUUCCCGCUUUUCGGACCGUAGGACGCCCUGUAAAGGGAAAACAGUGUAAUAGGGUGACAGGCCCUGGGGGGCACCAUACUUUGUGCAUGGCUAGCUGCGGCGGGAGACAGAAAAGGUUCCCGGCCAACUGGUUCUCCCUGGCCUUUCUGCACCUACUCCAACUCCCGACUCUUCCUAAAAGAAUACGCACGUCUUCUGAGAUGUUUGGGAUUUGCAUCUCCCUGACCAGGACUUGACCCAGACAAAUAACAGAAAGUCGGAGAAAUAACGAGAACUUAGGGGCCCUUUCAUGAGGACUGAGGCAGGAGCUGCUGCUGAGAGCCUCCCGACAUGACAUCCGCCACUGAGUUUGACAACGUGGGCAUCCAGCAGUACAGCAGGAUCAACGCCCGCUGGGAUUCCCCAGACAAUGAGUUGGACAAUGACAAUAGCUCCGCCAGGCUCUUUGAGAGGUCUCGGAUCAAGGCCCUAGCAGAUGAGCGGGAAGUUGUUCAGAAGAAGACUUUCACAAAAUGGGUAAAUUCACACCUGGCACGUGUAUCCUGUCGUAUUGCUGACCUCUACAAGGACCUGCGGGAUGGAAGGAUGCUCAUCAAACUUCUGGAAGUCCUCUCAGGAGAGAUGCUGCCAAAACCUACAAAAGGGAAGAUGCGGAUUCACUGCUUAGAGAAUGUUGACAAAGCCCUGCAGUUCCUCAAGGAGCAGCGAGUACAUCUGGAAAAUAUGGGUUCUCAUGACAUUGUAGAUGGCAAUCAUCGUCUUGUUCUGGGUCUUAUCUGGACCAUUAUUCUUCGCUUCCAGAUCCAAGAUAUAGUUGUUCAAACUCAAGAGGGUCAGGAGACUCGCUCUGCUAAGGAUGCACUACUGCUUUGGUGUCAGAUGAAGACAUCAGGUUAUCCCCACGUCAAUGUCACCAAUUUUACCUCCAGCUGGAAGGAUGGUCUGGCCUUUAAUGCCUUGAUUCACAAGCAUCGGCCAGAUCUAAUUGACUUUGAGAAGCUGAAGGACUCCAAUGCCCGACACAACCUGGAACAUGCAUUUGAUGUGGCAGAAAGGCAACUGGGCAUUAUCCCACUCCUUGACCCAGAAGAUGUCUUCACAGAGAAUCCUGAUGAGAAAUCCAUCAUUACUUAUGUGGUGGCAUUUUACCAUUAUUUCUCCAAGAUGAAGGUGCUGGCUGUGGAGGGCAAGCGCGUUGGCAAGGUGAUUGACCAUGCCAUUGAAACUGAGAAGAUGAUUGAAAAAUACAGUGGGCUGGCCUCUGAUCUGCUUACCUGGAUUGAGCAGACUAUUACUGUCCUCAACAGCCGCAAGUUUGCUAACUCCCUGAGUGGGUUACAACAGCAGUUGCAAUCUUUCAGCACCUACCGAACUGUGGAGAAGCCACCCAAAUUUCAAGAGAAGGGGAAUCUGGAAGUCCUACUUUUUACCAUCCAGUCCAGGAUGAGGGCCAACAAUCAGAAAGUGUACACACCACAUGAAGGGAAACUUGUGUCUGACAUUAACCGGGCCUGGGAAAGCCUGGAGGAAGCUGAAUAUCGGCGGGAACUUGCCUUGAGGAACGAACUCAUUCGUCAAGAGAAAUUAGAGCAAUUGGCCCGGCGUUUUGACCGCAAGGCAGCAAUGAGGGAAACAUGGCUCAGUGAGAACCAGCGCCUGGUCUCCCAGGAUAACUUUGGUUAUGACCUGGCAGCUGUGGAAGCAGCCAAAAAGAAGCAUGAAGCCAUUGAGACAGAUACUGCUGCUUAUGAGGAGAGGGUGAAGGCCCUGGAAGAUCUGGCCCAGGAAUUGGAGAAGGAGAACUAUCACGACUUGAAGCGCAUCAAGGCGAGAAAGGACAACAUACUGCGUAUGUGGUCCUACUUGUUGGAGCUUCUGCAAUCUCGGCGCCAACGGCUGGAGAUGACUCUGACGCUGCAGAAGCUCUUCCAAGAUAUGCUUCACAGCAUCGACUGGAUAGAUGAGAUCAAGGUUCUCCUCCUGUCCUCUGAAUUUGGGAAACACUUGUUAGAGGUAGAGGACCUGCUUCAGAAGCACAAGCUGAUGGAAGCUGACAUUGCUAUCCAGGGGGAUAAAGUGAAGGCAAUCACAUCAGCUGCUCUCCAAUUCACGGAUGGGAAAGGUUACCAGCCUUGUGACCCCCAGGUCAUCCAGGAUCGGGUCAGCCACUUGGAGCUGUGCUUUGGAGAGUUAAGCUCAAUGGCAGCAGGGAGGAAGGCCCGCCUAGAGCAGUCCAAGAGACUGUGGAAGUUUUUUUGGGAGAUGGAUGAGGCAGAAAGCUGGAUCAAAGAGAAAGAGCAGAUCUAUUCCUCAUUGGACUAUGGCAAGGACUUGACCAGUGUGUUAAUCUUACAGCGUAAGCACAAAGCCUUUGAGGAUGAACUUCGGGGACUAGAUGCCCACCUGGAGCAGAUAAUGAAGGAAGCAGAGGACAUGGUGAACCAAAAGCAUUUUGGGUACCCACAGAUUGAGGCUCGUAUCCGGGAGGUUUCUGCCCUUUGGGACCAGCUGAAGGAGCUGGCUGCUUUCCGCAAGAAAAACCUCCAGGAUGCUGAGAAUUUCUUCCAGUUCCAGGGGGAUGCUGAUGACUUGAAGGCUUGGCUGCAAGAUGCCCACCGCUUGCUCUCAGGAGAGGAUGUUGGACAAGAUGAAGGAGCUACACGAGCCCUGGGGAAAAAGCAUAAGGACUUUCUUGAGGAACUGGAGGAGAGUCGAGGGGUGAUGGAACACCUGGAACAGCAAGCCCAGAGCUUCCCACAAGAAUUCCGGGAUUCUCCUGAUGUGAACAACCGAUUACAGGCUCUUCGGGAACUUUACCAGCAGGUGGUAGCUCAGGCUGACCUACGUCGGCAAAGGCUACAGGACGCCCUGGAUUUAUAUACAGUAUUUGGUGAGACAGAUGCCUGUGAACUGUGGAUGGGGGAGAAGGAGAAGUGGCUGGCUCAGAUGGAGAUCCCAGAUACCCUGGAGGACCUAGAGGUGGUACAGCACAGGUUUGACAUUCUGGACCAGGAAACGAAAACGCUGAUGACACAGAUUGAUGGGGUGAAUCUUGCUGCAAACAGCUUGGUGGAAAGUGGUCACCCACGUAGUGCUGAAGUGAAGAAAUGUCAGGAUCAUUUGAACCAAAGAUGGGAGGCCUUCCAGAAAAUGGUAUCUGAGCGCCGGAAGGCAGUGGAUUCUGCCCUCAGUGUACACAACUAUUGUGUGGACUGUGAGGAGACAGGCAAGUGGAUUCUGGACAAAACAGAGGUGGUAAAGUCAACCCAAAAUCUUGGCCGGGACCUAGCUGGAGUGAUUGCUAUCCAGCGGAAAUUGUAUGGAUUAGAGAGAGAUGUAGCUGCUAUUCAAUCUCGGAUAGGUGCCCUAGAGCGGGAGUCCCAGCGACUUAUCCAGGAGCAUCCUGAAUUGAAGGAGGAUAUUGGAAAGCGGCAAGCUUAUGUUGAAGAGUUGUGGCAGAAGUUGCAGCAAGCCCUGCAGGGCCAGGAAGCAUCCCUAGGUGAAGCCAGUCAGCUGCAGAAAUUCCUGCAAGAUCUUGAUGACUUCCAGGCAUGGCUGUUCAUGGCGCAAAAGGCUGUGGCUUCAGAAGAUGCACCUGAUUCCCUGCCAGAGGCUGAGCAGCUCCUCCAACAGCAUGCAGCCAUCAAAGAUGAGAUUGAUGGGCACAAAAAUGACUACCAGAAUGUCAAGGAUUCUGGAGAGAAGGUGAUCCGGGGCCAGACUGACCCAGAGUACAAGCUCCUGGGCCAGAGGCUUGAAGGUGUGGACACAGGCUGGGAUGCCCUCUGCAAGAUGUGGGAGAAUCGGGGCCAGUUCCUUACCCAGUGCCUUGGUUUCCAGGAAUUCCAAAAGGAUGCCAAACAGGCAGAAUCAAUCCUAAGUAAUCAGGAAUACACUCUUGCUCACUUGGAGCCUCCAGAUUCAUUAGAAGCUGCAGAAGCUGGAAUCCGUAAGUUUGAGGAUUUCUUAGUGUCCAUGGAGAAUAACCAAGAUAAGAUCUCGAACACUGUGGACUCCGGGAACAAACUUGUCAAUGAGGGAAAUAUAUACUCUGACAAAAUCAAGGAAAAAGUACUGCUGAUUGAGGACAGACACAAGAAAAAUAAUGAGAAAUCCCAGGAAGCGGCAGUUCUCCUGAGAGACAACUUGGACCUUCAGAACUUCCUCCAAAACUGUCAGGAGCUUAUCCUCUGGAUCAAUGAUAAGCUACUAUCAUCUCAAGAUAUUUCCUAUGAAGAAGCCCGAAACUUGCACAAUAAGUGGCAGAAGCAUCAAGCAUUCAUGGCAGAACUGGCUUCUAACCAAGAGUGGCUGGAGAAAGUGGAUAAGGAGGGAAGGCAGCUGAUAGAGGAGAAGCCACAGUUCACAGAUGUGGUAACCCAGCGGCUGAGGCAGCUGCACCGGCUCUGGGACGAGCUGCAGGCCACCACGCAGGAGAAGGCCCAACAUCUCUUUGCUGCCAGCCGCUCAGACCUGCACGCCCAAACAUAUGCCGACCUCAACAAAUGGAUCAGCGCCAUGGAGGACCAGCUGCGGUCCGAUGACCCUGGCAAAGACCUGACUAGUGUUAACCGGAUGUUGACUAAGCUGAAGAGAGUGGAGGAUCAAGUGAAUGUGAGGAAGAAGGAGCUGGGAGAGCUGUUAUCUCAGGUGCCCCCAGUAGGGGGUGAAGGGGACAGUACAGAAACAAGCAUUGAGAAGCGGUUCCUGGACCUUCUGGUGCCGCUGGGUAAGAGGAAAAAACAACUGGAGUCAUCUAGAGCCAAACUGCAAAUCAACAGAGACAUAGAAGAUGAGAUGCUCUGGGUGGAAGAGAGGCUGCCACUUGCCCAAUCAGCUGAUUAUGGAGCUAAUUUACAAAGCGUGCAGCUGCUCAUGAAAAAAAACCAGACUCUACAGAAUGAAAUUGUGGGCCAUGCGCCCCGGAUAGAGGAUGUGUUGCAUCGAGGACAUGAGCUGGUAGAGGUGGCUGAGAUAGACUGCCAAGACAUUGCAGAGCGUCUGGGGCAUCUGCAGGGCUCAUGGGAAUUGCUCCGAGAUGAGACCGCUGUACGGCUGCAGCGGCUACGGGAGGCCAAUGAGGCUCAGCAGUACUACUUGGAUGCUGGUGAGGCAGAAGCCUGGAUCAGUGAACAGGAACUUUAUGUGAUCUCGGAUGAAACGCCCAAGGAUGAAGAGAGCGCCAUUGUGAUGCUAAAACGACAUUUGAGGCAGCAGCGCUCAGUUGAGGAGUAUGGGAAGAAUAUCAAGCAGCUGGCUGGCCGGGCUCAGAAACUCCUGUCUGCUGGUCACCCUGAGGGUGAACAGAUUAUCCGACUUCAAGGGCAGGUGGACAAACAAUAUGCCGGGCUGAAAGAUUUGGCUGAGGAACGCAAACGCAAACUAGAAAACAUGUAUCAUUUGUUCCAGCUGAAGAGAGAGGCGGAUGAUUUGGAACAGUGGAUUGCAGAAAGGGAGGUGGUAGUCUCUUCACAAGAAAUGGGGCAAGAUUUCGAUCAUGUUACUUUGCUGCGGGACAAGUUUCGUGACUUUGCCCGGGAAACUGGGGCAAUUGGACAAGAGAGGGUAGACAAUGUUAACUUGAUAAUCGAGCGGCUCAUUGAUGCUGGCCAUGCGGAGGCUGCCACCAUUGCUGAGUGGAAGGAUGGACUGAAUGAGAUCUGGGCCGAUCUACUAGAGUUAAUAGACACCCGAAUGCAGCUGUUAGCUGCUUCUUAUGACCUGCACCGAUACUUCUAUAUGGGAGAAGAGAUUCAAGGCCUCAUUGAUGAGAAACACCGGGAAUUGCCUGAAGAUGUGGGACUUGAUGCCAGUACUGCUGAAUCCUUCCACCGUGUUCACACGGCAUUUGAGCGAGAAUUAGAUCAACUAGGAGUGCAGAUGCACCAGUUCCGGGACAUGGCCACUCGCCUGCAGACAGCAUAUGCUGGAGAGAAGGCUGAUGAGAUCCAGAGGAAAGAGCAGGAGGUGUCUGCCUCAUGGCAAGUGCUCCUGGCUGCCUGCACAGGGCGCCGGGCCCAGUUGGUGGACACAGCAGACAAGUUCCGCUUCUUCAGCAUGGUCCGGGACCUCCUCUCUUGGAUGGAAAGCAUCAUCCGGCAGAUAGAAACCCAGGAGAAGCCCAGGGAUGUAUCUUCUGUGGAACUGCUUAUGAAGUAUCACCAAGGCAUCAAGGCAGAAAUUGAAACCCGGAGCAAAAAUUUCAGCACAUGCCUUGAAUUAGGAGAAUCAUUGCUUCAGCGGCAGCACCAGGCUUCCGAAGAGAUCAAGGAGAAACUGAAUCAGGUGAUGUCAAAAAGGCAGGAGAUGAUGAAGAAAUGGGACAACCGCGCAGAGCGGCUACUUCUAUUGUUGGAAGUAUGUCAGUUCUCUCGGGAUGCUUCUGUGGCUGAAGCGUGGCUGAUUGCCCAAGAGCCUUACUUGGCUAGCAGGGAUUUUGGACAUACUGUGGACAGCGUGGAAAAACUUAUCAAGAGACAUGAAGCCUUUGAGAAGUCCACAGCUCCCUGGGCUGAGCGAUUUGCUGCUCUUGAAAAACUCACCACGCUUGAGCUAAAAGAACUCCAAACUCCAGAGAGACCCACAGAAGACAUUGGGGCUCAGGAGGAGGAAGGUGAGACAGCGGGAGAGCCUCCUCGGGAGUUCUAUCGGGCAGCUACUGAAAUAACAUCACUGAAACAAGAAGAGGACAAGCCAAGGCACCGGCAGGAGGAGGAGAGAACAGGCAGGGAAGACAAGUUGACCCUGGAACCACUUUUCAAAGUUUUGGACACACCUCUGAGUGAGAAUGAGGAGACAGCAACCACUCUGCCCGCCCAGCUGGACCGAUCCCACAGCAUGCAGAUGGAGGGCUAUUUGGGUCGCAAGCAUGACCUGGAGGGGCCCAAUAAGAAGGCAUCCAACAGGUCCUGGAACAACUUGUACUGUGUGCUUAGAAAUAACGAGUUGACAUUCUACAAGGAUGCUAAGAAUUUGGCCAUGGGGGUGCCAUACCAUGGGGAGGAGCCUCUGGGUCUGAGGCAUGCCAUUUGUGAAGUUGCAGCUGACUAUAAGAAGAAGAAGCAUGUCUUCAAAUUGAGGUUGAGUAACGGCAGUGAAUGGCUUUUCCACGGCAAGGACGAGGAAGAAAUGCUCUCCUGGCUUCAGGGUGUGAGCACGGCUAUCACCGAGUCCCAGAGCAUCCAAGUGAAGGCCCAGAGCCUUCCCCUACCUUCCAUCGCCAGUACAGACACCAGCUUUGGAAAGAAGGACAAGGAGAAGAGAUUCAGCUUCUUCCCCAAAAAAAAAUAGCUCCUUCCUUACUCCUUUGUGGGAUGGGGGCAGGUGAAAGAGAGAGGUGAGGGGUCCGCCUUGGGCCCCCACCCCAUUGGACAACAUUGGUUCUGCUCAGGAUGUUCAGUGCAGAGGCCCCCAGCCCAGGCCAACCAUCAUUCCCCUCCUUAAUCCCCCACCCCCCACUGUCCAGGCAGGAUGCUUUACCUCAGCCACAACCCAUUGGCCCCCAGCCAAUCUCUCCUUCAAACCCCUGGCCCAUGCUUUCCCCUGUCCCCAAAAACCCAGCCUGUGUCUAUAGCCCACUCCGUGUGGUCCGAGGGACUCAGGAUCAGAGUCAGCCCAGGCUUGAGGAAAGGAAUAAACUGGACUGUGCCAGAACAGCCUGGAAAGGAACUCCCAUUCCCUGUCAGCACUAACUGAAUCACAUAGGGGGCUUUCACCUCAUCUCAUGCUGGGCCCCACAUAUGAGUGAAUAGCUAGGACUGCAUGGAGACUUCCUGACCACUAUCACUUUCCCUUCUAAGUUAAGCUGGGCCUGCUUUUCUCUCCGCUGCCCAGUUUGGGAAAUCGCUGAGAUAGGAGAGAAGUUUGUUAUUGUUUUUUGAUUUGAGACAUGCCCAGAGAAGCAAGCCCUUCCCUACCUUAACCACUUUUAUAGCCUGUGUCCUAGAGCUGUGUGUGAAUUCCCUGGUCCCACUCUCUCCUCUAGAAUGAAGGCUUUUAUUGGCCUUAUAUCCUACUUUAUUCUUCCUCUUUCUCCUAAGCAACCUUUGGUUGGAACUGCUCUCUCAGACCCAUUCACCCUUUCAAUGGUGCACUUGGAAGAGGGGAGAUAAGCUGCCCAUCUCCUUCAGUCAGGGGUCUCUCUUUCCCAGGAUAAGCACCUUGUAGCUCAAGGACACUCAGAAUCAAUGGAUGACAGGGUAAAGGUUACAAAACCAUGUAUACCAUAUGAGUCCCUAGGCUCCCCUAAGAAAUGGGACUUCUGCCUCCAGUGCCAUCCACUUCUCUCCCCACAAUGCUACUACUCCUAAGGCCAGUCUUCUGGGAGUCCUUCUUGAACUGUACAACUAAUUGCCAGCAGUUUGCCCAAAUCACUACCCAUUGCUUGGGUUGCAGGAAGAAGGGACAAGAGAGCUCUUUAAAAAUGGUUAGAGCUCUCACCUCUCAAGCCCUGAGAGAAGAGACUAACUGGAGUCUCUGACUCUGCUUCUGCUCUGGGUUUUUAAACCUCAUGAGCAGACCAAUCCAGUAGCAAUACAUAAGUAUAUAACUCAGAUUCAGGGCCUUACUUCCUUCUGUCUGGAGCCCUCAAGGAAGUAAAAGUACAGGUUCUCGAGGCUCCAGAUGGACAGUAGCCAUAGGGACCCAGAGAACAUUUCAGAGCUGAAGCCCCCAUUGCACUCCCUCUUCCUAUCCAGCUGGUACCCUUGAAGGGUACUAGACUAGCAGAAAGCCCAGAGCAUUUCACCCUUCCAAGACAGAAGUUGAGAAUCCCAGUGCCAAGGGAAUGACGUGUCACUGAUCACCAAAGGUCAAUAGUCAUUACACGUAGCUGUAAUACCGCCUCAUGCUAGAGUUGGACCCUGUGAGGAGGUAAGCACCCAGGAGUGGUACAUGCAUCCAUUCAUCUGUGGGACUUCAAAGAGGAACUUCUUUGAGAAGGGAAAGGCCUUGAGUCCUGAAGGAGACACAAGGAUGCAGAGUUCAUCCUCCCCCUCUGCUCACAGAUAAAUGAGAUCUGUACAUCUUGUAGAGUCUCCCUAGAAAAUCCUCCUUACAGAGGAUCAGGGCCAUUCCCAGAGUCCAGAGACUGCAUUUUACAAGUCUCCCUUUCCAUUACUCCACGCUGAGAGCAACUCAACUCGAAGCGAUGUCUUGUCAGGAAGGAAAGGGGCCAAUGAUGAGGUGGGGGGCAGGCUCAAGGAACAAGCACAUGGAAACAUUUCCCAAGGGGAAAGAAUAAGUGGAUGAGGGCCCAGAGCCUGAAGCAGAAAGCAUCCACAUUCUCCCACCAGUGAAAGAACCACAGUCUCUAUCUCCACUCUUAUGGAUGGGAACUAGAGUAACUUGAAAUUCCUUGUGAAAAGGUGAGGGCUCUUCUGGAACAGCACUGUGGAUAUUGAGCAACAGCAGCUCAAGCUGUAUCCAUCAGUACUCGGAAGCCACCGCUCAAGUUCUCCCUUCUCACAUUAACCCUGGCCAGUAAUGAUGGGAAAAGGCAUCAUACAGGAAAGCUGUAUGCUUCUGUUCUUUUGCUCUGGCACUACCUCAAGGUAGAUUUCAUGUGGAACCCACUAAAGGAGCGAUUAUUGAUCAAAGAAUAUGGGAAGUUGCUUAAUGGAGACCGUCUUCCCCAAAGUGAGUCCAUUUUGGGAAGUAAGAGUCCUCCUUGGACCCUAGAUCAGUGACAGUGAUCUGAUCUCUUAAUUCCAACUCUCUUAGCUACCCAAUAUUGUGUCUCUGAUGUGUGGCAUUCAGGGGAAUAAGAAGUCGAAGGGCACCUACUUGGCCAAAAAAAGUGAGGCAGCAUUUGGCAUCUACAAAAACUGGCUCUAGUCAGGAAGCUACAAAGUAGCUUCUGAGAGCGGCUUUCCUCAACAUUUCCAUGGGAGCAUUUUUAAGGAGUUACCUUGGUUGGAAUGGGUAGCAGGGAGAAUGCCAUAAACUAUUAUUUUCCCCAUUCCAUGCUACCUCAAACAAAAGGCAUAUUCAGGAGAGAGAAAUAUCCCAUCCCUCUUCUCAGAGUUAUUGGGGCAGUUAGCUCAUUUUGGAUAUGUAAAAUGCCAUCUUCUGCUCCUUUUCAUCUCUUAUCAUCCUGACCACCUAGGAGAGGAGACAUCACUGGGCUGAAACUGCAGGACAAUUCACUCAUUAUGGACUAGGUCAUACACCAAUGGGACUGAGUUUCAUUUAAAUUUUUUCUUACUUUUUCUUACAUUUUCUACUUUUGGUCUUUUUCUUUUGUCCAUUUCUUAGAUCAGGUUCAUACCCCUGUUUCUAUUAGCUCAACAGGCUUUUCUUCUCCCCAGAAUGGUUUUUUGUGGGAGUGGCUCAGUUGAUUCUCAUUUACCACCUAUUCCUUGCUCCCCUCACCUAGAUGUUGGUCCUGGGCUGGGCCUGUGUGAAUCAGGGAGAGGCCUCCAGUUCCCCAUUUGGUAUUCUGUCGCAGGAGCUAUAUGGACAAGGCUGGUAUCUGCUCUAAAUCAUUCUGCUUUUCUGCCAGGCUCAAAGAAUCCAAAAGGGUUCCUGGAAACAAUACAAGAACAAGGAAGAAGAAGGAAAUGACAGCUCAUCAUACAGCUUUGUACAAUGGAUGAGAGAACUCAGGGAGGGUGGAUGGAGGGUGUGAGGGGGGCCCUGAGAAUGGUGGAGCCCAAUGAGCACAGACCCUCCAGCCAGCUGGGCGCUGAUCUCCAUCUGCUCAAAUGUGCUUCCACUGUCCAGAGAGGAAAAUCAAACCCAAGUUUUUGCUUGGGAAGAGCUUCCCAACUCAUUUAAUAAUUUUUCUAAUAAACUAAUGACUCCCUGA